GGGGGGCACGACUCACCGGGACAGAAUCCUUACAAAAAGGCCAAUUCUUAGAUUGCCUGUGGAUGGGACUGUCCGUCAGUAGGCACUCCUGCAGGCAAAGGGAAAGAGGGGAAGGAGAGAAACUACAGUCAAUCCGUUACCCGAGUAACCUACUCCUUCGCGAAAACUAUCAACAGAAAAUCCAGGAUGCCAAAACAUAAAAAGAGAGACAAAAAGAACUGUUGAGAAAAAUCACUUCUCCACAGACUGUUCUUCCUGGCUAAAACAUACCCCGAGAUGGUUGACAAAAAAGACCUGGGAGGAUACUAUGAAAACUUGUUUCAGAAACUCCAGUGCUCUCACCAAGCAGAAGGAAUUACAGGUCUCCUGUUGCUGUAUUCUAGCCAUGUUAUUCAUGUAUUAGAGUCUUCCAGUGAUGUAUUAUAUUCAGUGAUCCGGGAUCUAAAAGAUAUGCAACAACAAGAAAGAGCUUUACUUUUGGAGCCCAAAAUUCUGUUAAUGUCACAUAACAUUCCAAGCAGACUCUUCCAGCAAUGGGAAUAUAAUGUCCUGAAUAUCACUGCAGAACGUCUGGAUGAUACUUUACAGGGGGAACCAAUUGAGAAGAUCAUCAGUGAAUUUCUAACUUUGCUUCUUAAGCUGGGAAUACACAUGCAGAAAACCUACAAGGAAUUCCCCAAUAAACCACUCAGUUCUGUGCUGGACAAUGUGCCAGAACUGAUUGUUCCCCAGGAGUUGAUUGAAUGUCUCCUGAAAUCAAAUGAACUUUUAACUCCUCACCAAUUCUUGGACAUCUAUGAUGCUUCCAUAAGUGUCAUUAUGGAUUCAGAAUUUGUAUGGCCCAAGCCAGAACAUUUACUGCCGGAGACCAGAAAAUGAUGGUUAAAUGUGCUCGGUUUGGUUUAUAUACGUAAACAUGGUACUCCAGUUUCAUCAAUGAUGGAUGUUGUGCAGUUUUGUUGAGAAAGUGCACUGUUUAGCAAGAAUUAUUAAUGUAAGAAACAGGAAAGUGUAUCACACACCAAAAAACAGUCAAAUCCAUUGGACUACUUUUUACAGUUAUGAAAUAUAUUUGUCUUAUGUUAAAGGUAUCACCAAGACCUCAAAGUGUCCAAGAGGAUGCUCUGGGAAUGAAGUCUUCUUGUUACUAAAUAUGUUUUAUUUGGAAUAACAAUCAGAUUGAAUUAUCAAACUCAUUGAGACUUCACAGUGAGCAAAGUAAAGUACAUCUAGUUUUAAAUCUAGUUCAGGCUGAUGGAAUGACUUCUGGCUGUGGAGGCUCACAAUGAAUUGUGUCUGGGUGGUCUUGCCUAAUGUUUUCUGUAAGUUGUGUGGUUUGUGAGGACUCAGCACCCUGGAAGGUUCAGCACAGGAUGCAUCGACUUUCCUGCUCCUCUGAUGCUGCCUGGCCUGCUGAGUUCCUCCAGCUCCACACUGUGUUGUCUCUGACUCCAGCAUCUGCAGUUCUUACUAUCUCCGAUGCUCACAAGUUGUCCCAGUUAGGGUACUGCACUAUUUCCACCCAGGCCAAAACAAUGUACGGCCUGGAUCUUCCAAUCUGAGCUGGAAUUCAUAUUUCUGACCCGGUGCCAGGCUAAAUUUUGCCGCCCUUAACUUUGCAGGAGUUAUCAGGUCUUGAUUCAGAAUACAUUGCAAAAGAAGCACAUCAGCUAACCACACAGAGACAGCGUCGGAGCAGUCCACUGUAAAAGCCAUGCUCCUUUGUUACAGCAGUAAAUGCCAUAUUCCAGUAAGUAAAAUGUCUAGAGCUCCCAAAGCCACUUUGACACUUACUGAGCGAAGGUAAGUGGGGAAGUACCAGGUGGGUAAAAGUAAAGUCACCAUAGUCCUUCCCUCUCAUUAGAGAGAGACAACUGGUUGUGGUUUAACCUGGGGUUCACUAUACCUCAAGUGAGGGGAGAGGUUGAGAAGCAGAGUCUACCAUAGAUAACCUCAGCUAGUGUGGGAAUUGAACCUGUGCUAUCAGCACCACUUUACACUGCAAACCAGCUGCACAGCUAACUGAGCUAAAGGUGACAGGGGUGGAUCAAUCUGGAGUCCGUAAGGUGGGAUGUCCGUGGGUCGGGACACCUGUCUCAGAGGGGCUCAGUGUUAAUGAUUCGAGGCUCCAGCGGUGGGUCCAGCCGUCUUUUGAUGUACUGAGGAGUUGUAGGUGGUUUUAAUCCUCCAACCUUUCCUGCUUAACUAAUAAGUUAGACCCGUACAAAGUCUCUGACUCUAACUCAGAGCUGGUGACUUUUCAGAGUGUUCCCGGUGCUGGGAUAGUUGCCUAUUUGAAGUUUAAACUUCCUGGGGCAUGCCAUGUGCUUGGUGUGUCAGGAUCUCUGGGAGGUCUCACUAUGCACCUUCUAGAGUUAGUCCAGUCUUGGACUAUCUAGACACAGGGAGAUCUGGGCCAUUAAAGUUCAAACGCAUCCAAAUGAACAGGCUGCAAGCUUGGUAAAAAAUGUAGAGGGGACUUUGAUCUCAGCUCGUGUCUUAAUAAAUCUGAGUUUCCUGUGUGAAACUGACCAAAAUGUGCAUGAAAUUGGAAAUCGCACCUUGAGGUAGCACACACAUGGUGAGCUUGGAGGUAUGACUCAAGACUACAACAUGAAAGUGAAGUUGAAAGAAAUGGCUACACAUUUUAUGUUUAAGAUUUUCUCCCUGCCAGAGAAACCAGGGUGGCAUUUUUCCCACAGAGACCCUGGGCAAAUGGUAGUGCCCCUUGCAGGGCAGAAAGUUGAUUGGUGAAGGAGUGGAUUCAGCUGAACUUUAUACACAGAAGCAUGGCUUUAGUGAUGCAAUGGCUAUGCUCCCCAGUUGACUGGGGAGGCUGGGAGAGGUGCUGUGUCAAAGGAAAGGGCUCACCAGGCACUUGGACCUUCUCAAUCUGCAGCAGCUUGGAAUGGGCUUCUCCUCCAACCACCUCACCCCACCUCCCCAUCCAUUCCUUCACCCAAACCCAAACACAAACCAAGUCUCUCCCUCUUCCCUAGGAUCUGAGGGACAGCAGUAAGACACAAUUUCUCAAUGAUGGGAUGAAGAGGUCAGCCUCUACAAGCAAGCCACGGAGCCAGAGUCAUACAAUACAGAUACAGACCCUUUAGACCAACAAAGUUUCCCAAACUAAACUAGCCCCACUUGCCUACGUUUGGCCCAUGAUUAACUGAGGAAGUGAGCAGCAGGGGUAUGCUCCCUCUGACUUAGAGACAGAAUCCAGAAACUCAGGGAGCCAUGGCAGGUGACUGGCACAAUGCUUGUUGGUGCUGAGCGCUACCCUCUGAUUUCCCAGCAUUGUCCUGCACAGCACACCUCAGCACAACAGUAAAUGUGCAGCUUCACUCAUUCACCCCUCUCUCCAAGCUUCUCAGAUCCCCAGCUGAAUACUCACACUCACACUCACCUUCUGACACCCAAAUCUCACAGUCAUAAACAUAUGAACAAAUGUAUGAAGAUAAGAAGCAGACCAUUCAGGUCAAACUCCACAUUCCCACCUACCUCCAGUAACCUUUGACUCCUUUGUUAGUUAAGAAUCUAUCUACCGCUGCCUUAAAAAUAUUCAAUGGCCCCACCUCCAAUGCUCUCAGGGGGCAGGAUUUAACAGAAUCACAGAAGUAUUUACAGUUUAGAAGGAGGCUGUUCAGCCUAUUGUGUCUGUACUGGCUCUGAAGACUCUCAAUCCCCUGGGAGAAAAUAUUCUCCUCUUUUCCCUCUGAAAUGGUAGACCUGGUUUUUUUAGACUUGUGUCCCCUAGUUCUCGUCUCCCCCACAAGUGGGGGUACACACUUUCAACAUCUGCCUGUCAACUUGCCUCAGGAUCUGAAACGUUUCAGUAAGUUAAUAAACUCUAAAGGAUACAGCCUUGGCCUGUCCAUCUU